AUGUCAUGUACUUCAACCUCACCAGGUCCACGGAUGAUUAUUUCUCUGUUGCGUAGCCGCGAAUGGCCUGUGAGGAGACCCCUUUUCACGAGUCCAACUCCUUCAAUGCUUCUUUAACCAACACCAUCGUAGGUGGAUGAAGAGGAGUUUUUCGUGCCACAGCAGGUGCUUUGCUGGUUUCUAACAAUGAAAUAAACAAAUGUAUCAACCGUAAUCUAACCAAAUAGCCGUAAAAUUAGGCUACUCAAAUUGGCCUAAACCGCACAUGGUUUUACAAACCUGAUUUAGCUUUUCCUGACACUUUUCCAUAUUUUUUGGGCACGUCAGAAAGUGAAGUUACUUCUUCGGCGCCUGCUGCUUUUUCUUUAGGUGGUAUGAUCAAACGGUUCAUCUCAAAGUUAGGCUAUAUAAAAACGUUAGUUGAAAAACAGUAACUGCAUUCUCAGCCAGUCACACAUUCAAUGUUAUGCACUUCAAGCAACACCGCAGCAAAGCAUGCGGUUUACCUGAACAGGCGCUGACAUUUAGGUACCAGUUAGAGCAUUAAAGGUCAACUGAUCAGUCCGAGUAGUGUGAACUCGCUUUUUCUUCUCUCCUCCGUUCCUUCCUUCCAUCCAUCCUUUCCUUUACUGCGCUUAUCAGUUUACCUUCACUGCUCUGGCAUAUUAUUAAACAUGACUCACCAAACAUAAAUGAAAUAUGAAAACCCUUCUACAUUUUAGAGAUCGUCAAACUCUCAACCACAAAUGCAGGGUUUUGUAGUUAAACUUUGUGCAGCUGUUAAAAACUUAAAACAAAAAGUCGAAGAUAAAUAUUUUUCUCAGAAAGACAAGUUAGUUUGUUGGUUUAAAAAAUAAAGACAGACAGCUUUUGAACCUAAAAAUAAUUACUGAUACAUGAUUCUGAAUGUUCAGGCUCCUUGUCCUCUGCAACAUGACAUUAGCCCAUAGUUGUCAUAUGAGACAUCUGUGGUUUUCCUGUGAACAAGCUCCACAUCUGCAUUUCUUUUGAAACAACAGUUAAUCUUUGUCCCAGUCACUGCCACCAUCUUCUGUGAAGUCAGACUAACAGUAUGUAUGUAGCUGUCUAAAAAAUGACAUUGUUCAUCCCUGAUAUGGCUGGUCGUCUGUUUUUGCUCAUCCUCCUUUUCGAUACCUUCCAGUACCUCAAAGCCAAAGAUCUUUCUCAGCCCAGUCUAACAGUGAUUCCUGCAGUCAUCAAAGAGAGAGACUCAGUUCAGCUGAACUGUCAGACUCCUCCAUCUGUCUCUGAGUGUUACUUCAAAAUAGAGGGGAAAGUAGAAUUCCUCCUUCCAUCACCCUGUCAACAGACACUCACAGGAACACUACUGGUGAGGUGGACAGGUCAGAGUUCACCAGCUGAGGUCAAAAUCCAAUGUCAGUACAGUGCUAAAGGUUCACAGUUUAGAUCCAUAUACAGUGAGCCUUCAACAGUCACAAUUACGGACCUUCCUCAGCUGACAGUGAGUUCUACAGUCAUCAGAGAAACAGAAUCAGUUCAGCUGAGUUGUGAGACUCCUCCAUCUCUGCCUGUGUCUCACUGUUACUUCAACAUAGAGGGGAGGAAGAAUCUUCCAGACUCAUUGUGUACUCAGACAAUAACUGGAACUGAGCUGCUCAAGAGGUCUGGUCCAACAUUUCCAGCUGUGGUCAAAGUGACGUGUUACUACACUGUAUGGAAGUCUCACACAUCUCCUUUUAGUGACCCUGUCUCAGUCACUGUUCAGGAUCCAAAACCAGACAUUACAGUACAUUUUGAUGAGGACUUCAACAUCAUCUGUUUGAUUCCUGGAUCCUUCAGUCCUGACACCACCUGUAACCUGUAUGUUGGAGAGGAGAGUCAGCCAUCCUUCACAGCAAAGAUCAUGAAGAGAAAAGCCACCUCAGCAUCCAAACAGUGGUUCUGUCAAUUCACUCCAAAACAUAGUGAUCUGAUCAGUCGUCUACAGUCAGUGAGGCGUAAGGAGGUGAGCUGUGACUACAGAUUGAGCUCAGGACCAAACUCUCUCUCUCCACGCAGUGAUGGGCACAGCUUUACAGAUCUGGUGGGAGUUCACAUCAGUGAUCCAACAACUAUACAGACACCUUCUAUAGCAGUGAGUUUGACUCCAGGUCCUAGAUCUACUUUGCCGCCCAGCACGACAGCGAGUCCUACAGAAGUUUCAACUGUUACUUGUACCUUUACCCCAGACACCACACUGACACCAACUACCAGUUUGACCUCCCCUUUGACCCCUAGCAGGGCAGUGAAUCCUUCAUCAGGGUCGACUGUUUGCUGUACUUUGACCACUGACACCCCAGCGAGUCCAACUGAAAGAGGUCAAAGCUCCACAGAAAGUGAAGUGGAAUCAAACAGUCAAGAAAGCAUUCUGUUGGGGCAAUUAUGGCAGGCAGCAGUGGGUGUGGCUUCUGGAGUGGGCGUGUUCCUGGUAGGAUUGACAGCUGUCUGUCUCUGCAGGAGGACCAAGAAAACCAAUACUCAGAGACCUACAGCCAGACAGGAUGAUCACAGACAAUAUGAUUUGGUGUCUAUGGGAGCGGUGAGCAGCGGAGUCAUGGUGGAUUCAGGAGAUGCUGGAAACGAUUCUCAGAUCACUUCUGUACUGUCCAUGUUCAUGCCCUCAGGUCCCGUUGAUGUGGAUUCACAGGCAUUUGCAAAUGAACAUUCUGAUACGUACCACGUAUACAGCUCAAUCCCCGACAGACCAGCAACCUCAGCCCAGCCGGAUGGGUUGUACAGUCUUCUGCAGACACACUGAAACUACACCUCUGGCUUUCUGUAUUUUUCUCACACAUCUCACACAAAUACAAAUACAUACAUUGAUUAACAGGUAAUAUGUCUACUGUAUUACACAUGGACAACUGGUUUCUGUUACAUGUCUAUCCAUAAUAUCUGUUACUGUGUUAAUAUUAGUAUUUUGGGGAUUUUGGAGGGGUCCGGGGCAUACUCCCCUUUGAGCAUUUUUCUUAUUUCUUCUCCCUAGUAAAUGCUAAAUCUACUGUAUUUAAGUAUAUUAUGUUGACUGUUUGAUACCUUCUUCCAUAACAGUUGGAUACAAUUAAUUUCCUAUUGGGCAAAACAUAAUCCAAACACAACCAAAACAAACUGCAAAUGCAUACAAACUCAAGUUUGUUGAGUCACAAGCUUGAUUUAUUUAUUGGGUGCAAAGAAUAUAGGACCAAAAUACAUCAUGCUUGACUACUUUAAUUGUAGUUAAUCUACCAAACUAACCUAAAUGACGGAGUGAAAAGAAGGAAGCUUGUACCUGUUUGCAGCAAGGCACUAAAGUAAAACUGCAAAACGGUGGCAAAGCAAUUCACUUUUUGUCCUGAAUACAAAAUGUUAUGUUUGGGGCAAAUAGGAUACAACACAUUACUGAGUACCAUUCUCCAUAUUUUCAUGCACAGCGGUGGCUGCAUCUUGUUAUGGGUAUACUUGUAAUCAUUAAGGGACUGGGGAGAUUUUCAGGAUAGAAAAUACAUGCAAUGGAGCUAAACACAGGCAAAGUACAAAAGGAAAACCUGGUCGAGUCUGCUUUCCACCAGACACUAGGAGAUGAAUUCACCUUUCAGCAGGAUAAUAACCUUAAACACAUGGCUAAAUAUACACUGGAGUUGCUUACCAAGAAUACAGUGAAUGUUCCUGAGUGGCAGAGUUACAGUUUUGACUUUAAUCUACUUGAAAAUCUAUGGCAAGACCUGAAAAUGGUUGUCUAGCAAUGAUCAACAACCAAUUGGACAGAGCUUAAAGAAAUUUGAAAAGAAUAAUGUGCAAAUGUUGCACAAUCCAGGUGUUGAAAGCUCUUAGCGACUUAGAGAGGCAGAAAGACUCACAUCUGUAAUCGCUGCCAAAGGUGCUAAUACAAAGUAUUGAUGUAAAGACUUAUCUAAAUGAAAUAUUUCUGUAUUUCAUUUUCAAAAAUGUAGCAAAAAAUUACAAAAAACCUGUUUUCACUUUGUCAUAAUGGGGUAUUGUGUGUAGAUGGUUCAGACAUGUUUUUUUUUAAAUACAUUUUGAAUUCAGGCAGUAACACAAUAGUAAUAAUAAUAAUAAGGGUAGGGGAAUGAUAACUUUUUGAAUAUAUCCAAAAAAAAGGGGAAAUUCUGUCGCCUUAUAUGAAACAUUCUAUCUCAAAUGUAAAAUACUGGAGUAUAGAGCCAAAUAUAUGUUUUUAGCUUCACUGUCCAAAUGCAUAUGGAGGGGAGUGUAUGACCGAUAAAUGAUUCUGUUUGUUCAGAUACCCUUACCUCUGCAACAUUAGCUCACACUUGCUGUAUGAGACUGUUGUUAAGGUUUCUGCUCCUUGUGGUUUUGUAGUGAACAAGCUCCAUAUCUACUUCCCUAUUCAAACAAUCCUCUGACUCAGUCACACACCUUACUGUGAAGUCAGACUAACAGUAUGUAGCUGACUGACAAAUGGCAUUGUUCAUCCCUGAUAUGGCUGGUCAUCUGUUCUUGGUCAUUCUCCUUUUUGGUGAGUUAUUUCUACAUUUCUACAGUUUCAUCAUCUGUUUGUUCUACAGGAUAUUCCUCUUCUUCUCUCCCCUCUUUUAGUCUUUUACUUUUUACUCUUUUACUUUAGGAACUCUUGAUAUUUCUGAAUCUCAUGGCUAUGAUGAGUGUCUUGUAUCUUAUUCCAUUAAUCAUCUUAUUUAUUUCUCUCUAUCAUUAUUUUACAAUUUGUUGAGUUAAGAAUGACCACUGCUUGAUCCCCAUUAAUGCAUUACAGUAGAUUACGCUACUUUACCAACUUGUGUGAAGUGUUCAGGUGUCUCCUGUUAAAACAUACUUUUUGAAUGGCAGAUGAUGAUAAUUUCUUUAUAAUUUCUAGAUACGUUCCAAUCCAUCAAAGCCCAAGGCCCUCCUCUUCCCAGGUUGACAGUGAGUCCUGCAGUCAUCAGAGAGAGAGACUCAGUUCAGCUGAGCUGUGAGACUCCUCCAUCCGUCUCCGUGUCUCAGUGUUAUCUCUUCACUGAGAAGGGAGACUAUAAACCAUCCUGUCGGCAGACACUCACAGGGUCUGAGCUCCUCUCGUGGUCAGAUCAACGUUUACCUGCUGUGGUCAACGUGAGAUGUUACUACUAUGCUAUUGGUAGUUCUUCCCCAUCCUCUCACAGUGACCCUGGCUCAGUAACUGUCCAAGUCCCUCCUCAGCUGACAGUGAGUCCUGAAGUCAUCAGGGAUACGGACACAGUUCAGCUGAGAUGUCACACUUCCAAAUCUACCUCUGUGUCUCAGUGUUACUUCUACAUAGAGGAAAGACAACAUCUCCAACAUACCACAUCCUGUCAGCAGUCACUCACAGGGACCAAGCUGUUUGAAUGGGCAGGUCAUGGUCCAACCACCAAGGUCAACAUGAGAUGUAUCUACUAUGCUGUAGAGAUGUCUAUCUACUCUCCUUACAGUGACCCUGUCUCAGUCACUCUCCUGGACCUCCCUCAGCCCAGGCUGACAGUGAGUUCUACAGUCAUCAGAGAGAGAGACUCAGUUCAGCUGAGCUGUCAGACUUCUCCAUCUGGCUCUGUGUCUCAGUGUUACUUCUACACAGAGGUGAAAAACCCUAAACCCUCACCCUGUACGAGGUCAAUCACGGGGGCUGAGCUGCUCUCGUGGGCAGGUGAACGUUUACCUGCUGAGGUCAAACUGAGAUGUUUUUACACAGUAGAGACUCACUAUCCAUCGAUGCACAGUCAUCCUGCGCCUAUCACUAUUCUUGGUAAACUGCAGAAACCAGACAUUAGUGUCAAUGAUGAAUCUUCUCAUGACAUCACUAUUGCCUGUGUACUUCCUGAGUCUGUCAGUGAUGGUCAUAGCUGUAACCUGUACACUGGAGACCAGCCUCAGGCCUACAAAGAGGCUUGGGUGAGGAGAUUUAAUGCAGCAUCAUCCAAACUAUUCUGUACCUUCAGUGUUACUAAGAAUGAUCUGUUCAGGCAUCUGCAGUUGGAGAGAGAUGUGAGCUGUGACUAUAGAGUGAACACAGGAUCACACUCUCUGUCUCCCCGCAGUAAUAAAUACAUAAUUACAGGUCAGAAACCAAAUAUUACAGUCAGUCUGAAAGGGAACCUCAUCCUCACCUGUUUAAUUCCUGGCUCUGUCAGUAAUGACACCACCUGUAACCUGUAUGUUGGAGAGAAGAGUAAGUGUCUUUUUAGAGCACAAAUCAGGAAGAAGAAACACAAAUAUUCCGAAUGCUGGUUCUGUCAAUUCUCUGUGGAUGAGAGUGAUCUGAUCAGUUGUCUACAGUCAGUGAGGCGUAAGGAGGUGAGCUGUGACUACAGAGUGAGCUCAGGACCAAACUCUCUCUCUCCACGCAGUGAUUGGAACAGCUUUACAUUGGGUUUGACUCCAGGUCCUAGAUCUACUUUGCCUCCCAGCACGACAGCGAGUCCUAUAGAAGUUUUGACUGUUACUUCUACUUUGACCCCAGACACCACAGUGAGACCAACUACCAGUUUGACCUCUCCUUUGGCCCCCAGCACAGCAGUGAAUCAUACAUCAGAGGUGCAAUUAUGGCAGACAGCAGUGUGUAUGGCUUCUGGAGUGGGUGUGUUCUUAAUGGGAUUGACAGCUGUCUAUCUCUGCAGGAGGACCAAGAAAACCAAUUCUCUGAGACCUACAGCCAGACAGGAUGAUCACAGACAAUGUGAUUUGGUGAUGGGAGCUAUGAGCAGUGCAGGCAUGUUGGAUUCAAGAGAUGCUGGGAUCUAUUCUCUCAUCACCUCUGUACCGUCCACGUUUUUGCCCUCAGGUCCUUUUGAAGAAAAUGGAAAGUCAUCUGAAAACGACAAUUCUGAUACGUUCCACAUAUACAGCUCAAUCCCCGACAGACCAGCAACCUCAGCCCAGCCGGAUGGGUUUUACAGUCUUCUGCAGACACACUGAAACUACACCACUGGCUCUCUGUAUGUAUCACAGAAAUACUGUUUCUUUCAGGAUGUCCUUUAUUUAUCACACAUCAUGUCACUGUAAAUAAGUAUCUAAUACAUCUACUGCAGUACCGUUUCUAUUUAUAAGUAACAUUCAGUAAGCAGCCGCUAGAGGCCCCUCCCCCUUCCAAAAACAACCGUAGGAUAGUAGAAUACACAACGUGCAGUUUCGAAAUGUGGUUCUACAUCAGAAGUUUUUCUCUUGUUAUUUCAGUCACUGACAGUCACUCAGUUAUCCCAUGUCAGCUAAGAUUUUAUAGAUUGCUAGGCAAGUUAGUCUAGCCAGCUAUCUAAGUCUUGUCGUAAUGGCCAAAUUACUGCCCAGGGGCCCUGACUUCCAGGGGGCCCCCAAUGAUUGUGUUAGUCACUCACACUCAGAUAUCAAAUGAACAUGGCAUAAGUCAUGGCAAAAUGUGUAGAAUUGCAGGAUAUUAGCUUUAAACUGAAUUUUAUUAUUUCAACGACAAUGGCACAACGUGUUGAAUUUCAGGAAAUUUGCUUAAUAACUGCAAAGUUCUCUCCGCCCCAUGGCAAAAUGAGUAGAAUUGCAGGACAUAAACUUGAAAGCUCCAAAUGUUUCUCUUUGCCGCCAUGAGCGGGGACAUUAAAAUGUUUUGUCGGUGAGGUGGGCAAAUCUUGUUUAGGGUCCCCAAAAUGCUUGGAACUGCCGUAAUUUCCUGUAUCACACAUUGACACCUGGCCUGGAGUUUGGAGGGGUCCGGGGCAUACUCCCCUUUAAAUAUUUUUCAGUAAAUGCCCAAGUAAAUAUAUAUUGUAUUUAUAUCUAUUCUGUCAUCUGUGUGAUAUCUCCUUCCAUAAAACAGUUUGAUACAGUUUACUAAAUCAAAUAUAUUUAGAUCAAAAUUGAUAGUUACAGACAAUUAAAAAUCAAUAAAUAUAUAACAUAUUCACACAUAAUGCAAAAAACAGGUAAAUAGGAAAUUAAGAUUAAUGAAUUAAUAUGAAGUCAUUAAGAUCCAAAGUGGCAUUGCUAAGACAUUUUCAUUUCAUCUUGUGUUGAAAUAUGCUUAUAAUAUAAGUCUGGGGGGAAAGUCUGUUAUUUUAACAAUUUUUGCGGCAAAGGUUAGCAAACCCCAAAAGCCUGAUCUUAUAGCAAAAGUAUUGAUAUUGCCCACAUACAUUGUUACAAGCUACAAAAUAUAACAUUUCGUUUAAAAAAAAUGUUUACAUUGUUGGCAACAUCAGAUCAUCAAAAUUGAAAAAUAUAGAUUUCCAAAUGUUAUUCAAAUCUCCAAAUUUCUCCAUGUUAACUUGUUAUUUUCCAAGUUCCCAGUUUAAUUUAAACUUACUCAGCACCUCAGUCGCUCCUACAAUGUGUAGUGUUGUAGACACAUUCUAGCCUUGAAGUCCAAUGACUGUGGAGUGGUUCAGAUGUAAAUAGUGUGAGAACACAACUUCAUGACAUUUUUUUCCAGUUAAUAUGAGCUUACAUUCUGUUUCGAUGCACACUUGAGCCCAGCGGUCAGGGUGGUCGAUUAUGCUAUGGGGGAUGGCUUUGUUUGUUGAAAAGGGGUGGCUCCCCCCUCACCUCCCAUAUACACUGUACACACUGUACAUAUAUAUUUCUAUUGUGUUAUUGACUGUACGUUUGUUUAUGUGUAACUCUGUGUUGUAGUUUUUGUCGCACUGCUUUGCUUUAUCUUGGCCAGGUCGCAGUUGUAAAUGAGAACUUGUUCUCAACUGGCCUACCUGGUUAAAUAAAGGUGAAAUAAAAUAAAUAAAUAAAUCCCUCUUCUAUAAGACCUUUAAGGUACAGCAAAUACAAAUGUUUCUUUUCUCUGUUUGAAAUGCUCUCUUCUGUAAAACAAAAAAUUAAGCAGAAUAAAUUGACUUUGACCAUUCCCUCA